UCGUUCUGCGGAUGGCCCUGAAGUCGGAUCUGCUGCUGAUGACCGGUCCUUUUGCCCUGAACAGCUGUCUGGUUCGUCGUGUCUCGCAGAACUACGUCAUUGCGACCAAGACUCGCGUCGAUCUGCGCAAAGUCAAUAUCCCGAAGCACAUCAUCGACGGCCACUUUCGUCGGGCAUGCAAGAAAACCAGCCACAUUGAGAAGGACAUCUUCAAAAGGAACGUGCCGUCGGAGCAGCGCAAGGCCGACCAGAAGAACGUCGACGAGGAGGUCCUGAAGGCCAUCAAGGUACACCCAGAUGCUAGAGGGAUCCGCCGGUACCUCAGACGAUGUUUUCCCUGUCAUCGUCAUGUGCAGCCCCAGUCUGAGAAUUUCGCGGGUCAACGGAGACUCUGCAGCACAAACAACCCAAAUGCAUCAUUGGGUAAGUACAUUCCGUAUUGCAAAAAUCACCAGAUGAGAUUUAAUUUCCACUACAAAAAUUGCUUUUGUGAAUUCAAUUUUGCCCCGUUAUUCCAGCUACUGACCACGUCGAUCAUGAUCUGCCCCAAGCACUCACUCGAGCAGUGCUCAAUCAACGGCAACGGUGCGAUAAGAGCGGAGUCUCAUCUCCACCUCCAUCUCCGCGUUCAAGUUCUGGCCCGCGCUCACGAUAGCCCUGCCAGCGGACCCGGACGUGGUAUUCCGGCGGCAACACAAGCAAAAGGACAUUUGCGAGAAGUGAUCAACAACGAGGAGUUGCCGCGGCGGAUAUAUCAAAAGGACGAAAAUUACUACUUCCUGACGGUGGACUCGGAGCAGACGAUCGACGCGGGGCCCAAGGGCAACUUGGCCAGGUUCAUCAACUACUCGAGUCCAACUGCGAGACGUUGCUGUGGAAGGUCGGCGGAAGCCAAUCCGUAG